ACAUUCAUUUUCUCGCAUCACCUGCCACAGACGGACGCUCCCAGGAUGAGAUGUGUCAUUAAGUUCAUUUUGCUGCUGAUAGCUGCUGCAUGUGUCAAAGAUACUGACAGUAGACUCGAUGGAAAUCAGCUGAAGCAGUUACUGCAGAAGAUAUUUUCUCUUGCCGGACAAAACUAUGUUUUAUCCCGUAGGAACAUCGCCGAUCCGUCAGCUGUUCCAGGUACUAGAAUAUUUCAAGAACCGUCUUCAAGGGAUCUUGAUGUUGGUUUUGCAGUUGGAGUCAAAGAUGAUGGCGAUGACAGCGAUCUUCUGACCAAAGAUCAUCCGUCAAGAACUUAUUCGCCGACUUCUAACACCGGUCAGCUUGAACCUGGCCCAUAUGAGAUAGAAAACCCGUCAUCUAUAUCAAAGGAACUUAACAUCGGGGUGUUUGUAGAUCCAAAGAAUGGAGUGUCUUAUUAUACGCCAAGAAAAAGUCUGAAUGCUCUUCCAGAGAGGUAUGCUGGACCUCCAUUGGUGAACAGUAAAGGAGAGCCUCCAAGUCAACAUCCCAACUUGUUCAGUCCUCAUCAACAACCUUUUACAACCAACACUGGUUCUGGUUUUUACCCCACGACCAUUGCGGUACCAAAUUAUUUUGAACGUUUGUCUGAUUUAAAUGGGCUUCCCUAUCCGUAUCAAAUAAGCUCUUUAAGAACACUUGGUAUAGGAGACUACUCUGGAUUUACUCCAUUGCAGUCUUACAUAGAAAAUCCCGCGGACAGGUUUUCAAAUUUGGAUCAUCUACAACAAACCACCUACCCAUACCAGGGACCAUAUCAGCAACCAUUAGAUGUUGUCGGUGAUUUUCCAAACAUCCCAAAAGAUUUCAAAGAUAUUUCAAACCAGUUUCGUGAAUCUCUUUAUCAACCAUUCAAACCUUACGGUUUUGUUUCUGGCAUAAAUCCUGAAAAAUAUCCACUAUCCGAUUUCGUAUGGCGUUAUCCAAGGAAUGGUCGAAUUCCUUACCGUGGGACAGAUAUGAAGUAUUCGUUACCAUUAAGAAAUCAACAAAAUGUGUUUCGUUUAGAGAACGGUCCUAAAGGAUCCUACAGACAGUUAACUCAGCCUGUUGUGAUGAGGAAGGAGCCACAGCAAGCGGAAGUAAUCCUGGAUCAACAAGGGACACCAGUGAUGUCGGCUCAACCAUAUGGUGACCGUCAAGUUGGGACUUUCACCCUUAGAAACGACCAUGGCUACCAAGUGUUGAUGAAUGUUCCGCCUGCUCCCGCGGGAGUGCCGACAGAUGGCAUCCUGGUCAUGGAGAUGAAGGCGACACUGUAUCGUCCCUUGAACUAAAAUGGACCUUCUAGAAUCUAUUAUUUCACACAUAAAAAUGGGUCUAUCUUUAUUUAGACAAUGUGUUAUGUUCUGCCAACAAGGCGAUGAUGUGUAGGGUUGAUCCUUUCUAACCACAGAACUUCAGAGUCGUUGCUUAAAAAUAAAUUACUUAUCGUUAUUACAGCAUAUAACUCUCUGUAUUAUUAACUUAUCCACUGGUUAGCUUAUCGUUAUUUUUAUUCUGAGUUUAAUAAGUAGAGAGUACACGUUUAUUUUAUAUAAUACGUAACAGAGCAUUCUCAAAUAUGUAGCCUUGUUAACCUACCAUUAAAAAUUAUAAUAUUGCAGAAGUA